UAAUCUUGGAGCUAUACUUAAGUUAUAUUAUGUUAUAUUUAGACAACCAUUUAGCACUUUCCCCCAGUGACAACUACAUUGCCGUAAAAUAAGAAUAGAUGUCCUUCUUCUUAACCUUCACACCCUCUCCUCUGCCACAUUAACCCUGUCUAGACUCGGUUGGUUACUGUGGUUACUAAGGAUCUAGGCUAAACAUUUGAGCAUCUAAAAAUAGUUCACCAUACAACAGUCGGAAAUAUGAAGUGGAGGGAAGUUGUUAUUAUUCCGCUGCCACCCUCAGAGGAUGCCGGGAGAUGAAAAUAGGCAGUUGCGGGGAACACUCCCAAUACAGGAGAGGAAAUGGGAUGCUGGGAGACAAUGCAGUUGAGAAUGGAGGUGAACAUUGUAGACUGAUUGUGGACCAGGAGAUCAACCCCUAUGUGGACAAGUGGGAGGAAGAGGGAUUGUUUCCUGCUCACAAGAUUUUCAAGAUCCUUGGAAAUGCUGGGUUUUUAGGAGUCAACAAGCCCGUUGAGUAUGGAGGCCUGGGACUGGACUUCAGCUACAGUGUGGCUGUUUCAGAGGAACUGGGCAACAUCAACUGUGGCGGGAUCCCCAUGGCCAUCGGAGUUCAGAGCGAUAUGGCCACACCUGCGCUGGCCAGGUUCGGCUCUGCAGAGCUGAGGAGAGAGUUCCUGCUGCCCUCCAUAAUGGGGGACAAAGUGGCAUGCCUGGGGGUGAGCGAGGUUGGGGCUGGUUCCGAUGUCGCAAGCAUUAAGACAAAAGCGGUGCGGAAGGGGGACGAGUUUGUCAUUAACGGGGGCAAGAUGUGGACAACUAACGGCACUCAGGCUGACUGGAUGUGCCUGCUAGCCAACACCAGCGAUGGUCCCCCGCACAAAAACAAGUCCCUCAUCUGUCUGCCAAUGAACUCACCAGGGGUCCAUAUUGCGCGUAAGAUUGGUAAGAUUGGGAUGUGGUCCUCGGACACGGCAGAGGUGUUCUUCGAUGACGUGCGAGUGCCAUGCAAGAACCUCAUUGGCCAGGAGGGGAUGGGCUUCACCUACCAGAUGCUGCAGUUCCAGGAAGAGAGACUGUGGGCAGUGGCCAGUGUCAUGUCCAUGAUGGAGAAGGUACUGCAGGAGACUAUCAAGUACACACGGCAGAGGAAGAUCUUCAACCAGCCCGUGCUCUACCACCAGGCUGUGCACUUCCGGCUGGCUGAGCUGGAGACGGAGGUGGAGCUGCUGCGCUCCCUGCUGUACCGCGCCACAGCUAUGUACAUCAAGGGCCAAGACGUGACCAAGCUGGCCUCCAUGGCCAAGCUGAAGGUAGGCCGACUGGCUCGGGAAGUGGGGGACAGCUGCCUGCAGUACUGGGGAGGGAUGGGCUUCACCAGCGACGUGCUUGUCAGUAGGUUCUACAGGGACUCCAGAUUAUUAUCUAUUGGAGGUGGAGCAGAUGAAGUCAUGCUGGCCAUCAUAUGCAAGUACAUGGACACCUUGCCCAGGCAGUGACAUCACAAUAAUCCCAGCUUUUUCAUUAUGAAAUGACACAAGUGCUCUUCUGUCACAAUAUUUGAUAAGAAUAAGAUGGCAAUGUCUCAGUAAGAAUGGUUAAUUCAGUGCCUUAAUGUUUUAUUUGUAUAUAAUUAGAAUGAUUUUUGUUAAUCCUUUUCUUUGUAGAUAUAUAGUGUGAAUAUUGUACAGCUCUUACACAUUGUACUUCUGGAAUCAUUGUGUUUAUAACAGAGGUAAAAUAAUUAAAAACAUGAAACUUCUUACACAUAAAA